UUUUCCCUCCACCAGCUGGACUCUGCAGUGUGUAAAGAAAUGUCUGUAUCGGACACUGAGGUGUCUGACGUGACGUGGACAGACAACGGUACUUUCAACCUGUCAGAGGGACACACGCCACAGACGGAGAACUCAGAGGGUGCGCUUGUUAGCUUUUUAUCAAACCCAACUAGUUUAAAGAUCGGCGGCACGACAAACGGAGACGAUGAUGAUGACCUCAGGCUUGGCCUUCCCUCACCUCCAUCUCAGCCCCAGCAGCCAAUCAAAUCAAAGCUCACACCUUCUCUUCACAAAGACCAGUCCUCCGACAAAACGUUGGAGUUGGUCAACCAGAUGGCAGGUGACGUCAUCACCACCGCUGUCACAGCCGCCAUCCAGGAGAGAAUAGAAGCAGCAGUCUGCUUCAUGUCUUUGAACGAAGACCCUGAGCGGUCGAGGCUCCAAGAGUCGACCCAGCUGCUGGAGCUGGCCGAGGAGUCGGACAGCGAGGUGGAGGACUUUGAGCUGUUGGACCAGUCAGAGUUAGAGCAGCUGGAAGGAGAGCUGGGGCUGGGAGAGGAGAAGACGAAGCUCAGAGAGGACGAACAGGCCAAGACCGACAAGCCAGCCUCUUCUGGGUUCUUCUCCAAACUCCUCAGACGCCACUGAUAGAUGAAAAGUUCUGCAGGGGAGGGUUACGGGUCACAAAGGACAUGUAGAGGGGAGACCGGGGUGUUCUGGUCCCAGACAGUUUUUGUGCGGUUGUGAGAACACAACGUUUCCAUGUUUCCUUUUCAUGUAGAGGUAACAGCAACAUUUCAGAGUGAUCACUUUCACAAACAUGGAGGU